AUUUAAAGUAACACUUUUAUUAUGCGGGUGCUCAAGCUGCAAACUUAUAUUGCCAUAUUCAUAUUUUAUAAUAACUCAUUCGUUUUCGAAAAUACGUAAAAGAAAACGGAUUGAUACAUGAGGAUCUGUAAACCAUGGGAACGAUGAAUAUCAACACAUCGGUAUUGGUUGUCUCGAUUACCUUAAUCUUGCUAGUAUGUGCUUCUACGGCGAAUGAAGUCUGCAAGAUUAAGGAACAGAAACUCACUUGCCAAUACGACAUCCCUAACAAGAUACCUCCAGGGUUGACAGAGGUCUGCGUUGAAAAUCACAAAGAUAUUGACCUCACUAGGAACAGUUUCAGUGAUCCAAGUUGGAAAAGUAUUUUAACUCUUGAGAUAUACCAGAACAAGGAAAAAACUAAUUCUAUAUUUGUUCAUGAUACUGCCUUUAUUGAACUGGAUUCUUUGAAUGUCCUUGGUAUCCACACACAUGGAUUUAGUAUGGGUGCUAUACGCGGAAGCCAUAUACUUCGCGGACUUGAAAACAUAACUAAACUAGACUUUUCCGGAUGUGUGAAUCUUGACAGCGACUUCGUUAGGUCAUCACUAAUGCAGGACGGAAAGUUUACGAAACUUCGCACUUUAAACUUGAACGAAGUUAAUACUAAUUUUGGAAGUAAGUUUAUCAAAUUUUCUCAACAAUUCACCAACAUGAUUAUAAAUAAACGAAUUGAAAAUCUGAAUUUUCGUAAAACGAUGAUUGCCUUUCAGCCAUUUAACCAGAAAACAUAUUCUCAGCUUUUACAUCUAGAUCUAUCCGAAAUUUCAUAUAGCCUCUUAUCAAAGCCAGAUGACGUACUUUUUCCAUUACAACGAUUUUUGAAGAAUUUGAAGUCGCUAAAUAUCUCCAGAAUAUUUCCUUUGUUUUGGAGAGGAGAAAAUCUACGCUUUUCUAAUAUACACUGUACUGAUUGUACAGAAGUACAUCGUCUUCUUGCAUUGAACCUCUUCUACAUUGAAAACAUAUACGCAAAUGAUAUACUUUCAGAUAUUGAGAUUCCUGUUGAGGUAAUUAAUUCAACUUUUAACUUGACAUGCAGAAUGAAUUUGAGGGUAUUAGAAUUUAGAGGUAAUAACGUUCGUCGGAUACAAGGAACAACAAUUCAUUGGCCGGAUCCAAACUUUCUGCGUUACCUUGAUCUUACAGAUAAUAAAUUGAGGUUUUUGUCCCCAAACUUCUCCAGAGGACUUAGCAAUCUAAAAACGGUAUUGCUAGGUGAAAACCAGUUAUCUGAAAUGUCUUCUCCUGAAUUAAUUGAUUUGAUUGCAAAUUGUGUAAGUUUAGAGAAACUUGUGUUAGAUAGAAAUGGAUUUUCUUAUCUAGCGGAGUCUAUUUUCCUUCAUAACAAAUUACUUACUUACCUCAGCCUUAAAGGAAACCUUCUUAGACAAGUUACGUUUGCUACGAAACAUCUCAAGCAUCUACAAUAUCUAGAUUUAGCGAACAAUUUGAUUCAUAUCUUGGAUGAACAAUCAAUGAAUCGUCUCAACGUUCUGAUGCGUUUUCAAACAAAUUUCUGUAUCAAACUAGAAACAAAUCCAUUAGAAUGUUCAUGUAAAAGUGCAUCUUUCGUGGAAUGGAUGAAUAAACAUUUAGUAUAUAAAUUAGAUCAUGGUGCAGCGCUUAAUUGUACAUUAGAAGGCAAUGUAGUAAAUAUCAAUGAUAAAACUGUUGCAAAGACAAAAUUUAUGUGUGUUAAAACAUUGGUGUACGCAUCUAUUUCCUUUACAGCAGUUGUUGUAAUAGCUAUAAGUACAGUUCUGUUUAUAACCGUCUCUAGAUUCCUCAAAAGACGUAGAACGACUGACCAGGUCGAGACAUUUCUCAGAAAUUAUCGAGGAAACCAGGUUAAAGAAAAGUUUGUGUGCUUUCUGUCUUAUUCAAACACGGACAGUGAUGUUGCCAUCGAACAUAUCUACAAAAAUUUGAAUGAAACAUUUAAGGAGAUUACAGGCCUUGAAUCAGACACAGUUUGCAUCGAUGAGCGACAUUUUCGCGCUGGAGCAGAAAUCGUGGCGGAAAUAAUGCGAUGCGUAUCAGACUCUAGUGUAAUUGCGUUCGUUGUUUCCCGAUCGUUUUGUCAAAGCAACUGGUGUUGCUUAGAGAUUAAAGAAGCCUACGAACAACAUAAACCGAUCGUGUUAAUUUUCUGUGAAGAAGUAGAUGAAAACGAAAUGUCUGCUCAUCUUAAACAAAUGUUUCAACGUUACACUCGUGCGAAACUAGUGAAACAAGGCGAAGAUGUAAAUGUUCAGCCCGGGGGCUGGGAAGGGCUGUGUGAAUCAAUUAUACUACUUGCAAGUCGGCAAUAUGCAGAAAACAAAACACAAUAGGCAUAACGGAAGAUGAAUAUAAUAAUGAGAGUGUUAAAAGGUGAAUAAAACUAGGUAGAUAUCAGAUUUUAAGAAGUGAAAUGAUGAUUGAUAAAAAUAUCAGUCUGAAACGUUGUAUAAAGACAGAUAAAAAUAAAGUCAUUAUUAGGUCUUGAAAGCAAGAUGAAGGCAGAUGAAAUAAGAAGAAAUAAUAAAGUUUUCAGAAGUUGAAUAAAGAUAGAUAAAGUAUGAAGUAGUUAUAAGGUUUUAUAAGUCAAAUAAAGACAGAUGAAAUAAGGAGAAAUGGGAAAGUAUUAGGCUUUGAGAAUUGAAUAUAGACAGAUAAAAUAAGAAGAAAUUAUGAAAUUAUCAAACUUAUUUUUAGGGGGAAAUGCCAUAGUUGCCUAUAUGUAUAUAAAGCAAAAAAAAAAAAAAAAAAAAAAACAACAACCCCCACCCCCCCCCCCCCCCCCCCCCAAAAAAAAAACCUACUAACAGAAUUUCUUUAAACUUUGUGUACUGACUGGGAAACAAGUUUAAAACUACUGAUAUAUGUAUCAAAAAUCAUAGGUACCCAGGCUUGAUCUUGAAUUAUCUGCCCUUGAAAGUAGAUUUUAUCCAGUAUUUUCCGACUUUCAAGGGCAGAUGAUUUAUGACCAAGGCUGGGUUCCUAUUGUUUGUUUUAUUUCAUAUUUCUGUUUUCGAAUUGAUACUCUGUCAGUAAAAAUGUUUAAAGAAAAUAUUCUUUCUGUAAGAAAAUAUUUGCCCCGUGUCAGUAUAGAGUGUGUUGCAAAUGUCCUUAACUAUGAACAUGACAAAAUGAUACCGCAAAGUCCUAGUCUUUCCCAGGGACAAAAUUGCUUUAAACUUUGUAUACUGACUGCAAAUGAAGUCUGAAAUAGAAAUAAAAGUUAAAAUAUACAGUUCUCUUGCCUUGAUCUUGAAUUAUCUUCCCUUGAAAAUUGGAAAUUUUUUAGUAUUUUCUGAUUUUCAAGGGCAGGUGACUCAAGAUCAAGCCUGGGUACCUGUGAUUUUUAAUAGACAUUUCCGUUUUAAACUUGAUUCUCAGUCAGUAUACAAAGUGUAAAGAGAUUCUGUCCGUAGGAAAAUUUUUGCCUAUAUACAUUUAGGCAACUGUCCCAUUUUCACUUAACAAAUCUGUUUAAUGUACAUUGCACUUUAACUUGUAAAUGUUUUCUUUAAAAUUUGUCAAAUGCAGUCAUGCACUUAAUAGUAAAGGAAUGCGAGAAAAUAUUCAUUGAAGUAAAAAGUUUUAUUUUCUGGAGUCAUUGUUGGAAGUAUACGCUUACAUUUGGUGACGACUGCAGCGAUCUGAAUUUUGAUACUACAAACGAUGUCAAAUGUUAAAAGUUUGAUAUUUUUGGAAUCAUUGUUGAAAAUGUACGCCUACAUUUUGUUAAGACUGAAGCGAUUGAAUUGUACAAAAUUGAUUUUCUGGAGUCAUUGUUGAAAGUGUACGCCUAUAUUUGGUUAAAACUACUGCGAUCUGGAUCCAGUUGUUUCCACUGAAGCUAAUAUUUUAGGAUUAUAUUUUGAUAUUUUAGAAGAAUUCGUCAAACAACUGUAGAGUUAAGGAUAAUGGACACUAAAAAUCUUUACUGAAAAAUCAAAAAAUCUUACGACUGUUACCCUCCAAGAGUAAUAUUUUGAAUCAAAAUUUAACCAGCGGUAAGUUUAACAACCGGUUAUAGUUUCUCACAACUGAGCCCUGAAUUUUGACAAACCAGUGAUGUUGAAAUGUACAAUCUCAUUCCCAAGCUUUUCGUUGCUUUAGGGAGUACCAAAAAGAGAUGGUAUAAAUAUUUAUCUUAUAUUAACUUUGCAUCGGUACUGUUUAAACCUAUGGUCACUGGUUUGCAUGUUAUAUUGAAUUUAAUUGAGCUUUCAGCAAUGUCAGUGUCUCGUAUUGUACAAUAUAUAAUAUAUGGACUCUGCAUGCAUUUAUCAAAUUUUAUUCAAAUUUUAAAUCUAUACCUUUGAUUCGUCUUGUGUGCUUGUUUAAUUGUUUUAAUUGAACUUUUGGAAAUGUCAUUCACUUGUAUUGAAUAAUUUAUGAUAUUGGAACAUAUUUGUACAGAUUUAUAUUUUAUGUCGACAUACGUUCAUGUUUCAUUUGAGGAACAGGUAGUCUAGAUAUUUAAAGUAUAACGUCAUUAAACCAUCACUUUCAUCUGUAAUAAUGCAAUGGAAUCGAAUUGAUUUUGUCAGGCUUGCGGAUAUAUUGCAGAUGAAGGUAGUGCUAUAACAAUAAUUUUAUAUUUAUGUCCUUACCUUUGAUUCUAGACUCAUCCGGUGAAUAUGUAUCAUUGGUGACUAAUGUCACACAAAUAUAAUGUACGAAAUUUAAUAUUUGAACAUCUGUAAAGCAUGAUAUCACAUUUUCCUUUACAUGAUUUAAACAUUUUACAUUGAUUAUUAUAACCUGUCUCGUGUAUAUGAUUUUCUUUUGAAUUAAAUUUUGUAUAUCACUGAAAAGCAUUGUACAAAAUAUAACAUCGGGAUGUCUGUUUUGUUUAUUUUACAUGUUCAGUUACAGUUAUGAGAAUGCUUUAGUUUUAUUUAGUUUAAUUUAUUUGUCCUUCCGUAGCUAUCCUUUAUAAAUCAUUGUUACAUUGCCUUCACAAGAGUUUUUGUUUUGUUUCGACAAAUGACUUUCGAUGGGAAAAUAUAGAUCGAAGGCUUAUUCUGAGUGUAUUACACGUUUUUCAAAAGACAAUUGUGUUUAGUUUUGACUUGAAGAUCUUUCUUGUUGCUUUUUUAAAGACAGCCACCUUCAACUUUAAAUGAAUAUUCAAAGUUUAUGGAACAUAUUCAUGAUAUAGAUCAAUUUAAUUUAUUGAAUGCAAUGUAUAAACGUUUCUUUUGUUCCAAAGGAAAACGCUAUUAUAGUGAAGAGUUUUUACUUGCCGUGUCAAAAGAUCUUAUAUAAUGGACGUUCAUUUUAAAGCCGUUCGCUGAUAUGGUUGUUAAUAAACAGAUUGAAAAGCUCAGCCUUAGUAAAACUAACAUUGCUCUGUAUUAAUUGAUGCAGAAUAAAUCCUCCAAUACUUAUAUUUAGAUAUAUCUGGAGCUACAUUUAGUGUGCGGGCGACAUCAGACAUUUCACUGCCCUUAUUUAUUUUCUUUAAGAAUGUAGUUUCACUUAAUUUCACCCAAUUGUUUCCACAGGCAUGGAGAGCACUAGCUCUAAAGUUCUCUAAUUUCCAUUUGUCUAAUUGCCAGGAUAUUCCUGAGUUGUUUAUGAUGAACAUUUUCUAUACUAAAGAGCUCUACGCAAAUGAAGUACUUACAGAUGAAACAAAUGUUUGUGAAAUACUUAAUUCAACGUUUAACUUGACUUGUGGAAUGAAUUUGAGGGUAUUACAAUUGAGGGAAAAUAAUAUUCGUCGUAUUCAAGCUUCAAUACAUUGGCUAGAUCAAAACUUACUGCAUUACAUUGAUCUGUCGGACAAUAAAAUGAGCUAUUUGUCACCAAACGCCACUAAAAGACUUCUCAAUCUUAAAACUCUACUACUAGGUGGAAACCAAUUAUCUGAAAUGUCCUCUUAUCUGGAAUUAAUUGAUCUGUUUGCAAACUGUUACAAUCUAGAAAAACUUGUGUUGGACAGAAAUGGAUUUUCAUAUCUACCCGAGUCAACAUUCCUUAACAACAAAUUACUAACUUACCUCAGCCUUAAAGGAAACAUUCUGAGACAAGUUACGUUUGAGACAAAUCAUCUGGAGAGGUACAAGUUCUAGAUUUAUCGGAGAAUUUGAUUCAUAUGU